AUGGCUGUCAUGCCCCUGAGAGCCUGGCACCAGGAGGUGGUGACCUUUGAGGACGUGGCUGUAUACUUCACCCAGACAGAAUGGGCUGGCCUUUCUCCUGCACAGAGGGCCCUGUACAGAAGUGUGAUGCUGGAGAUUUAUGGGAACUUGACGUCUCUGGGAUACCCAGUUCCCAAACCUGCAUUGGUCUCACUUCUGGAGAGAGGGGAUUUGCCUUGGGGCCUGGAGACACGGGAUGAUCCCCCUGCACAGGGGACCAAAGACAUCUGUAAAAAUGCUGGGACCAACAUUGACAAUGAGUUAACAUCUACAUGGGGAGUUUCUGAAGAAAGAGAUAUGAUGAUGUCACAUGGGCCACAGAAGAAUGUUCUUAAGAGAAACAGCUUCCUAGAAACAUGUGAACUGGAGAAGCACCAGGAAAUCCCCACAGUGAAAAACAUUAGAGGAAAGGUUCCAAGAAUCCACUAUAAUAGGAAACCCUUCAGAUGUGAGGAAUGUGGAAAAUGCUUCAGCUAUUUUUCUUACUAUGUUAGACACCAGAGAAUCCACACUGGGGAGAAACCCUUUGAGUGUAAUGAGUGUGGAAAAGCCUUUAAUGGCAAUUCUUCAUUAAUUCGACAUCAGAGAAUCCACACUGGAGAGAAACCCUAUCAGUGUGAAGAGUGUGGGAGAGCCUUUAAUGAUAACGCAAAUCUGAUCAGGCAUCAGAGAAUCCACAGUGGGGACAGACCCUAUCUCUGCAAGGAGUGUGGAAAUGGUUUCACCAGUAAUUCUGAGUUUGUUAUACACCAGAGAAUUCACACUGGGGAGAAACCCUAUGAGUGUAAUGAGUGUGGAAAAGCUUUUGUUGGUAAUUCACCACUGCUGCGACAUCAGAAAAUCCACACUGGAGAGAAACCUUAUGAGUGUAAUGAGUGUGGCAAAAGCUUCGGACGGACUUCUCAUCUUAGUCAGCAUCAGCGUAUUCACACAGGGGAAAAGCCUUAUUCUUGUAAAAUAUGUGGGCAAGCCUUCAAUUUUCAUACAAAACUAAAUCGGCACCAGCGAGUCCACAGUGAGGUGAAACCCUUUGACUGUGUAGAUUGUGGAAAAGCCUUUAGUGCUCAGGAUCAAUUAAAAAGGCAUCUAAGAAUCCAUAUUCAGGAGACUUCCUAUGUGUGUGAUGAGUGUGGAAUAGUCUUUACUAGCAAAAGAAGUCUGCUUCAGCAUCAAAGAGUCCAUACUAGAGAGAAACCCUGUGAAUAUGUCAAGUAUGAAAAAACCUUUAGGACUUCUUCCCAGCUAGAUCAUAUCCACCCUGGAGAGAAGCCAGUGCUGGAUGUUGGAUGUUUUGGCCUCCCAGAAUUUUUUACGCCCUUUUACUGGUAA